UCUAGUGGCCUCGAGUUGGAGUUGCCGCAUAAUGCCAAAUAAGACCUUUUCAAUCUGACAUCAGUUAACACUACAGGCACUUGGAAAAAUGGCUUACCCAGGCAAAAUGAGAGGGGGAAAAAAAGGAAAAAAUGGCCGGAAGAUCAUCUUGUUUGGCAAAUUGUACAACAAUUUUGAGCAUACUCUUCUCUUGAUUCAAGGGUUUUUCUAUUUUUAAGUUUCUCUCAAGUUUGUUAUGUUCUAAGCCACUUACUUAUGGCAUCCUAAUGGUCCAAUUUGACGAAAAAUAACAGAAAUUUUGCAGUCCGUUGUAAGGCGGUUUUGUUUUUCAAGGAAGAAGGGAAAACGUAUGGAUUUAUGGAUUGUGGCAGCAGCUGCUGGUGCCGGCUAUCUGGGCAAACACCUGCAGAACUUAUCACUGAGUGAGAAGGAAAAAUUAGUGGAAUCCUAUUCCAAAAUCUCAAACCUCAGGCAAUCAGAACCCCAGAAUUUUCUUCAGCAAAUUAGGGACAACACUUGUCCUUUACGCAGAUUGGCACAAAAAGAUGCACAUAUGGAAGCUGCUUCCGAGCAAAAUGAUGUUUUGGACAGGCCUUUGGAAAUGGAUCAAUUUAACGGUGGUUCAGUUUCACUACUUACAAGGGCAUCCAUCAGUGGAAGUGUUAGAAUGGUGGAAGAUAUGAAUGUACUAAAGUUAUCUAGUCCAGCACCCGGACUUGGCGAAAGCAAAAGCUGUUCAAACGAUAUGGAGUUUAUGUAUGGUAGUAGUCGGAGUUCUGCAAGACUUAGCAGGUAUGAAUUACUUAAAAGUAGGUCUUCCGGCUCCGGGCAUGUUCUUGAACCUUUAGGUUCUGUAGAAAAUCAUCUUCAAAAGAUAGGUGACUCUGCGCAUAGUUCACUUCCAACACCGCUUGCUCCAACAAAAGGACUAAUGUUGGUAUCUAAUGGAGAUCGAAUUUUGAGACGAUAUAUUGGUAAUUCACUUGAUUCAUUGUCUACUGAUGUGGAAGAUAACCCGAGUGAUGCCUGCCAUAACGACAGUUAUGCCUUUUCGAGUGCUCCAUCCUUUUAUGACACUGAAUCAGUCGAGUUGCAAGAGCAGGUCAAACGAAAAAGUUCCCAAGAAAAGGUGCUUGGCGGAGCAGAUCAGUCAUCAGAGCUACCCAGCGGGAUGCUCCUGUUCUUGAUUGGGUUGACAAUUGGCAUAACGCCUGAAGUUUUUACUUAUACAAGGGAAGUUAAGAAGCUGAAUGAGAAACUAAAACUGGCCGAGAAUUUAGUUCAAGAUUUACAGGAGGAGCUUGAUAUGAAAGAUAAGCUUACUGUGAAGGAGCUUGCCGGGGAAAUUUCUCAGCCUCUGAGCACAAAGAAUCUCUCUUCAUUCAAUGAGGAGCCUACUGUGUCGUGCUCUGAUCCAGGUGAUGACAGCAAAUUGUCCAUGAGUAAAAUUGAGGCAGAACUUGAAGCUGAGCUGGGGAGGCUGGGAAUACAUAUGGAUCUGGAAAGAACAUCCGACUUUGGGGAGCCUGAUUCACAAUGCGAAGUAGACGCCAUUCGAGGAGAUAUAAAGUUAGAUGCACUCAGAAGACAGUAUGAAAAUGCCUCCGAAUCGGUAUCAGAUGAAGAAAGUGAUACCACCAAUGGACCAACUCCACCUGCAAAUUAUGCAGUUUCCCCCCGCGAGUUGAGUAUGCGGUUGCACAAGCUAAGAGAAUCAAGACUUGAAGCACGUAUCAAGGAGCUUGAAAAUGCGCUCCAGAACAUCCAAAACGAAUUCCAUUCUCUGGAACCACAAUGCAUUACGUCUCUUGACUCUGCAUACAGCGACGGAGAAUCAUUAUCAACCCCAGAAAGUCCUCAUCAGCUCUGCCGGAAUGCUACAGAUACGUUGGACGAGGUGAAUGGAAGGACGAGCAAAGUGACAGGAAAAGAUCCAGAGGCUAAUUAUGCAGUACUAAUCCCAAACCCAUCAACCAAGAACUUUCCCCAUUUGAGAGAGCACCGGACGACGUCCCAAAGAGCAGAGAUGAUGGGUUCAUAUCUCGGCGGAGACAAAAGAUCCAGUAGCUCCUUUCAGAUGGACUGAGACCCCUGAAAAAGCAGUUAUGAAGAAGCAUUGCAGCAAAAGAUGGUGGUAAAUUUGAAGAAAUAUACAGAUGGUUGGGAGACUUCUUGACAGCACAGAUCAGGGUCUUCAGCAGUUUAAAAUGCUGAAGAGGUUUAGCAACAUGCAGAUCAGAACAAGAAGAUUGUAUAGAUGGUUUAGACAGGAAAAUACGAAGUAUACAGUAACAGGCAAUAAGGAAAUUCCUCAAAAGAGUCGUCCAUAUUAUCCUUCCCCUACUAGGAAAAGGAAAGAUAUUCAAAUAGAUGAAUGAAAGACUGAACUCAUCGAAGUUAGGUACUA